GGCUGGACUAGAAGACCUCCAAUGUCCCUUCCAACUCUGCUCUUCCAUAAUUCUGUAAUCUCCAUAAUUUGCAUAAUUUCAGAAGCACCAGCCCAUCCAGUGAACUACUCUGUCUUCAGUUCAUCGUUCCUGGAAUUUAUUUUUUUCUGCUUAGGAGAACAGAGAAGCCAAAUUUUCAGUAGCAGCCGAAUUCCACACAUGGAUUUAGAAAAAAGAUUAUUUGUUGGCUUGCCCUACAGCAAGGCCAAGCAAACAUUCCACAAAGCGGCCAGACUAUUAAGUGUCUUUCUCGAGACACACCAAAGUGGUUUUUUUUAUUGAUCGUAUCUCAAAUCUUUGCAACCACCUUGUGUGUGUGUUUGCACGUGUCUACGAGUCCUCCCCGACUUGCUCAUUUAGCAACCGUUAAAGUUACAACGGCACUGAAAAAUAGGGACUUCACACUUAACGACCGUCACAGCACCCCUCCCAGGGUCACGUGAUCGAAAUCCAGAAGCUUGGCAACUGACUCGUACUUACGACGGUGGCGGCAUCCAGGGGUCACGUGACUUCCUUUCACGACCGUCUGACAAGCAAAGCCAGAUUCACUUCACAGCCGUGUUACCAACUUAACGACUGCAGUGAGUCAGUGUGGCCAAAAAGGUCGUUAAAUGGGGCAAAAUUCACUGAAUCGGUGUCUCCCUUUGAAACUUUGGGCUUUAUUCUUUAUUCUCGAGGACUUGCCUGUAUUUGGAAACAUUUUUGGAACCUUAUAAGAAAACUGUUGAGGAAGGGAAACAGAUGACCGAGUGAUCAGCAGUUAAAAAUGUUUACAGCGACGCUCAGAAAAUUCACAAGAUUUGUCAUCGGAGUUGCUAAUGUGAGGAGGCUGAUUGUUAGAACAGAGGUUUCCGUUCUGUCCUUCGGCUCUUGGGCAGGUCCCGAAGAAACACAGACUCUCAGCGCUCUCAUCUCUCUUCAUUCACCAUGAAGCUGAAGGACAAGUUCCACUCCCCCAAAAUAAAAAGGACACCCUCUAAGAAAGGAAAGCAGCCUGACCUAGUGGUGAAAUCCCCCGAGAAGGUUGUGAACAAGAACUUGAGUUGGCUGGAAGAGAAAGAGAAGGAUGUAGUGAGCGCCCUGCGUUACUUUAAGACCAUCGUGGACAAAAUGGCAAUUGAUAACAAGGUGCUGGAGAUGUUGCCAGGAUCUGCCAGCAAAGUUCUGGAAGCCAUCUUGCCUCUGGUUCAGACGGACCCACGGAUUCAGCAGAGUUCUGCCAUCACUUCCUGUUACAGCCGAGUGUAUCAGAGCUUGGGAAAUUUGAUUCGGUGGUCUGAUCAGGUGAUGCUUGAAGGCAUCAACUCUGAAGACAAAGAGGUGGUGAACACAGUCAGGGGGGUUAUCAAGGCAGUUCUGGAUGGAGUUAAGGAGCUGGUGAAACUCACAAUUGAGAAGCAGGAACACCCAUCUCCCACCAGCCCAGUCAAGCCCACCUUACCUGUGUCUACAGCAGACAGCCAGCUGGAGCUUCCCUUAACGGAUCGUGAGAUGGAGAUUCUCAGCAAGACGGCCGGGAUGACGCCGAGCACAGAAGGGUUGCCAGAUGCCCCAGAUGAGGAGAUCGCCCCACCGAAGCCCCCCCGUCCUUGCAUCCGGGUCCCCGAAAACAGCCUUCCGCCAGCCUUGCCUCCCAAGAAGCGUCAGUCGGCACCAUCUCCUACACGCGUGGCUAUCGUGGCCCCCAUGAGCCGAACGACCAGUGGCUCCAGUUUGCCCAUUGGAAUCAACAAACAGGAAUUUGAAAACGAUGGCUACCCCCAGCGGAGGUUGUCGGGGGGCAGCCAGUCCUACGGAGGGGAAUCUCCUCGCCUCUCGCCGUACAGCAGCAUGGGGAAAUUGAGCAAAUCGGAUGAGCAACUGUCCUCGUUGGACUGCGACAGUGGGCAGUGCUCGCACAACACAAGCUGUGAAACGUUAGAUCAUUAUGAUCCUGAUUACGAGUUCUUGCAGCAGGAUCUCUCAAACACGGACCAGAUCCCCCAGCCGGGACUCGGCGUGCUCAGCCCUUUGCCGGAAGGCCUGCGGGAAUCUGCCUCUCCAUUCCUCGGACAAUCUUUCCAGCUUCCGGAGAAUUGUAUCUCCUCAACUGCUGCGCCGGAUCUGCGUGAGAUCCCGCCAGCUCUUCCAGAGAAGAAAAGGAGAGGAACGGCGGCUUCUGCUUUUGACGUCUCCGGUUGUCGGGUCCUCCUGGAGAGGCACCCUUCGCAGUACGACAACAUUUCCGAGGAGGACUUAAGCGUCCCGCCGCUGUUGCCCUGGGUCUUCACCCCUUUUGCGGCUGUUCUGCCCUAUCAGCCUGGGAAGACCGCGCCCCCUGUUGAAUUCCUGCCUGAUUUCUCCAGUCCCAACGUGCCCAGAGAAUCCGAAGAACCCCCACCGCUGCCGGAGAAGAAGAACAAACACAUGUUGGCCUACAUGCAGUUUGUAGAAGACUACUCCGAACCUCAGCCUUCCAUGUUCUACCAAACCCCGCAGAACGAACACAUCUACCAGCAGAAGAACAAGCAUCUCAUGGAGGUCUAUGGCUUCAACGACUCCUUCAGCAGCGCAGACUCUGGCCAGGAUCUGCCCCCCCCACCGGCUCUCCCCCCCAAACAGAGACAACUGGCUUCUUUCGCUGCUCCCUUCUCUUCUGUCUCCUACUGUGUCCAGCCAUCUAAGGGCCCCGUGGCCUCCGAGGAGGUCUGCCCGGGUCAGGGUCUCAGCGUGUCCGUCUCUAACUCCUUACUCCAGCAGAAUAGUUCCUUUCCCGCACACUCGUACAAAUCGGUCUUCAGGUCUUUCUCCCAAGACUUCCUGCCUCGUGGCCAAAUCUCCAUCCUCUCUCCCUUUCUUUCAUCUACCGUGGCCACUUCUUCUUCUCCUCAGACUUUUCCACCUGCACACCAGGCUCCGAUCUCCGACCCGGCGGCAGCGCCAGCCACGUCUGGCCAGCCCCUCGGCACCAUGGAGCGGCCAUCUUCUUGUUCUUCUUCUUCUUCUUCUUCUUCCUCUUCCUCCUCUUCUUCUCAAGACAGCAGCAUAACCAAGACUGUUUCUGUCUCACUUUCUCUCACCGAAUCUCUCCAGAAGUCUUCGAGUGACAACGUUGGCGCAGCGGCAGGGGAGGGUGAAUACGUCAAUCUGUAUUCCUCGGGUCAAAGCAAUGGGGAGCUUCUUCCUUCCUACUCUGAAGGAGAAACCCCAGUAAUUAAGGAUGACCACACAAAAGAAUCAGCAGCUCUAAGUGGGACCCCAGGGAAGGAAAACCACGAGAAUGAAAGGCCGCAAAAGUCACUGGACUCUUUGGAGAAUCCUCAGAUGGAGGAGGAAGUUGACGAAUUGUCCCUGGUUAACCACACUGAAAUUAUGUCCAGGCUGACCUUGAGACAGGAAGGUGACGAUGGUCCAGAUGUCCGUGGGGGCUCAGGAGACAUCCUCUUGGUGCACGCGACGGAGACGGCCACGGUGGAGGGGACGGUAAAAGACUUGGUGCUUUACUGCGAAGCCUUCUUGACAACUUACCGAACGUUCAUUUCGCCAGAAGAGCUGAUAAAAAAACUACAAUACCGAUAUGAGAAGUUCUGUCACUGUCCAGACAACAAUAAGAAACGAGUCAGCAAGAAUACGUUUUUUGUCCUGGUCCGAGUGGUGGAUGAAUUAUGUUUGGUAGAGCUGACCGAGGAGAUCCUGAAGCUGCUGAUGGAACUGGUCUUCCGCUUGGUCUGCAACGGAGAGCUCAGCCUCGCCCGGGUCUUGCGCAAAAAUAUCCUGGACAAAGUCAAUCAGAGGAAAAUGCUGCGUUACACCAACUCCAUCAAGCCUUUGGCAGCUCGAUGGGUGGCAGCCAGGCCUGGCACCCUCCAUGAUUUUCACAGCCACGAAAUUUCAGAACAGCUCACGCUCCUUGACGCCGAGCUGUUUUAUAAGAUUGAGAUCCCUGAAGUUUUACUCUGGGCAAAGGAACAGAAUGAGGAGAAAAGUCCCAACUUGACGCAGUUCACUGAGCACUUUAAUAAUAUGUCUUACUGGGUCCGUUCGAUAAUCAUGCAGCAGGAAAAGUCUCAAGAUCGAGAGAGGCUGUUGCUGAAAUUUAUCAAAAUCAUGAAGCACUUACGGAAACUCAACAAUUUCAAUUCCUACCUGGCCAUCCUCUCCGCGCUGGAUUCGGCCCCCAUUCGGCGUCUGGAGUGGCAGAAGCAGACCUCUGAGGGCUUAGCCGAGUAUUGUACUCUGAUUGACAGCUCGUCUUCCUUCCGGGCUUACCGGGCUGCUCUGGGUGAGGUCGAACCCCCUUGCAUCCCUUACUUGGGCCUGAUCCUGCAAGACCUGACUUUCGUGCACCUGGGAAACCCCGACUACAUCGACGGCAAAGUCAACUUCUCCAAGCGAUGGCAGCAGUUCAACAUCCUGGAUAACAUGAGGCGGUUCCAGCAAGUGCAUUAUGACAUCAAACGCAACGAUGACAUCAUCUCCUUUUUCAACGACUUCAGCGACCAUCUGGCCGAAGAGGCCUUGUGGGAACUGUCACUCAAAAUCAAACCCCGAAACAUCACGCGACGGAAAACAGACCGGGAAGAGAAGACUUAGGAAGGGGGCAAAGCAGGAAGGCCGUGGGCAUCCGAUUGGGAUUGGCGACGAGCUCGAAGCCUUGGCACUCUGCUCAGACCUCUCUCCCCUCCUUUGAUCUUUCUCCAUCACUUCUGGGCUCUUGAACAUCACCUUCCCAGUCUGGAAAGUGAGGGAUGGAAAAGAAUCAGAAGGGUUGACUUCCCGUUUGGCCAAAUGUCAAGUUGUACUCAAGGUGUGUGUGUAAGAGAGAGGGAGGAGGGGGGGAAAAUCAGCCAGCCUACAUUUUUUGCACACUCUCAAGUGGAGAAGAGAGACGUAAACCAAGAUCGCCAUGGGGUAACUAUGGAUGGGCCAAGGGCAUUUCCUGAAGAGCAUGCCGAGGACAACCAUCUCAGAUACUUCCACUCUAGGAAAAAAAAAAAAA